AUGCCGCCCGCAGAUUUCGUGCUGCUCCCGCGCGACCUGCCUUGGGAGCGUGCGUACGACCGCGAGGACGCGAACGCGCCGCAGAUCGCCAAGCUGCGCCUCACGCUCCCUGCCGACUACCCCGCCGGGACCGUCCUCAAGCUGCCCAUGCCGUGUGCGUGCAGCGAGCACACGUCCCGCUUCACUAAGAUCAAAGCGGGGACCUCGGUCAUCAUCAAGUGGGACCUCGGCAUCUGCGGCCUCGCAGCGCCACCAGGUGCGGACGGGGCGGGGGCGGGGGGCGCAGAGGUGGCGGAGGCGACAGAAGCAGCACCGCCGCCGCCGGCCGGGCUGGAGAAGGGUGCGGAGUUGGCAGUGGCGGAGCCGGCGGAUGCGACGGCGCCAGGUCCGGGGGCAGAAUCGCAGCUCAACUCCGAGCUCAGCAGCAGCGAGCUGAUCAGGAGCGAGCGGAGCAAGACGGGCUUCAAGUGCGUGAGCAAAACGAGUAGCGGUGCCACGCCCUACAGUGUCCAAGUGUCCCGCAAGGGCAAGACCGUCAUUCUCGGCAGCUACGCCACGGCAGAGGAGGGGGCGCGAGUCUACGCUGCCACGCCAGAGGGCAUCGCUGACCUGGCGGCAAGGGAUGCGCCACCACCGCCGCCGCAGCCGCAGCUCCCCUCCAACUCCGAGCUCAGCAGCAGCGAGCUAAUCAGGAGCGAGCGGAGCAGCACGGGCUUCAAGGGCGUGAGCAAAGUGGGCAGCGGUGCCACGCCCUACCGAGUCUCGGUGCAGCGCGGAGGCACCACCGUCACUCUCGGCUACUACUCCACCGCAGAGGAGGCGGCGCGAGUCUACGCUGCCACGCCGGAGGGCCUCGCCGACCUGGCGGCAAGGAACGCUCCGCCGACGCCUCGCCCCGCCAAGCGCGCCGCGCCACUCCCUGCCGUGCCGCCCUCCUCCGCCGCUGCGUCGAAGCAGUCGAGCGGCGUGCAGCUGGUCACCAGCGCAACGAACAAGACGGGCUUCAAGGGCGUGUAUAAGGUGGGCAGCGGUGCCACGCCCUACUCCGCCCACGUGUACCGCAACGGCGAUAAUGUCGUCCUCGGCCACUUCGCCACGGCAGAGGAGGCGGCGCGUUGCUACGCGCGCACGCCGGAGGCCAAAGCCGACUUGGCGGUCAGUGCCGCGCCGCCAGUGCUCUUUGAUGGCGUCGAGCUCAUCACCAGCGAGCGGAGCAACUCGGGCUUCAAGUGCGUGAGCAAGGUGAACAACGGUGCCACGCCCUACUAUGUCCAAGUUUGGCGCAAGGGCACAACCGUCACUCUCGGCCGCUACGCCACUGCGGAGGAGGCGGCCCUCCGCUACGCGCGCUCGGUAGAGGGCAAGGCUGAGCUGGCGGCCAGGUCUGCAGCCAGAUCAGCGCCGCAGGCCAGCACCGCGCCCCGCAAGCGGCAGAAGUUCGAGACCGCGGUCGGCGCGGGCGGCGCCGCCACUUCCGCCUCAGCUGCCACCUCCCACUCCGCCGCCGCCUCCUCCACCGCCGCCGCCUCUGCGGCCGAGUUCGAGGUGGACCGCAUCCUCUCGGAGCGGCGCCGGCCGAGCGGCGGCGUCGAGUACCUCGUCGCGUGGAAGGGUUGCUAUGCCCCCUCCUGGGAGCCCGCCUCCAACUUGGCGGACGAGGACGGCGCGGUGUGCGCGGCGCUGCUGGCGUGGUGUGCGUCGCGCGUUGCGCCGCGCCAGGGCGGCCCGGCGACCGAGCUUCCGCCCCUCGGCAUGCCGGCGGCAGAGCCCCUCCCGCCCCUCGGGAUGCCGGCGGUGGUGCAGGCUCUCGAGGGGGUCGGGCUGGGCCGGUACGCGGCGGCGUUCGAGGAGCAGGGCUAUGACGACCUCCGCUACUUGCGGACGAUGGACGCGGCGGAGCGCGCCACCGUGGCGGAGAGCGUGGGCAUGAAGCAAGGCCACGCCGACAAGUUUGUCAAGUUCGCGUUUGAGCCGGCGUAG